GCUCGAGUUGCGUCACGCUCAGGCUAGGUUGAUGAGCUGCGGCCCUGGCUGCGGCCUGUCGCCCGCGCCUCUGCUCGUUGCGAGCCCGCAAGUUAGUUUCGGUGGGCAGAGUGGUGGCGCCGGCGCAAUCGGCGACGAUGUUUUGGUCAAGAAGAAAGCCCGCCGCUGCCGGCUCGGCGAAGACCGCGAAAGGCGCGGACGAGGCCGCGCCGCCCGUCGCGCCUUACGCCUACGGUCUGCCGCGUCAUUACAAGCUUAGCCUGGGCUUCCGCGUUUUGCGCGUUUGCGCGGCCGCGACCGCUGCGACCUGCGCGGUGCUGGCUGCCCAGGGCCUGCUGUCCACAACGCUCUUGUUCAACCCGCUGGUCUACUUUGCGUCUGAGGCGAUCUUCGCGGUGGUCGAGCUGCAGAGGUGGCGCGCCCUCAACGCGCUGCCUCACGACGCGCACGCGCACCACCACCGCCAUCAACAUGAUGAGCAACAGCAGCAGCAACAGCAACAACCGGGUCUCCAUGAACCAGGCGGCCAGCCGGAGUGGCCAGGAAGCAGCGCGGCAAGCACUUCCGCCUUCGCGUUCUCGGCCGCGCCUGCAGCAGCUAGCACCCCAGAAAGCUCAGCUUCAGCAGGAGCAGCAGGAAGCGCAGCUGCCGCAGCCGCGUCCGCGUCCGCGGCCGCGCGCUUCGACGCAGUCGCCGCGGCGCUGUCGCGCGGCGGUCGGCAAGAGGUGGAGGCUUUCCUGCGGCUGUGGUUCCAUGGCCAGCCUCUGGGUUUACCCUCUGCCGACGACAGGAGCAGGAGCAGCAGCAGCCGCCGCCAUGGUAGCGACUCGCGGGCUGGAGCAGCAUCUGCAGCAUCAACGGCCCAGCCGCGGCUGUGCCGGGGCAACCUCAGUGACCUGCUGGCGUACGCGUUCCUGUACGUGGACAACAGUGAGGCCGCUGUGGCGCGGGGCCAAGGGGAGCUGCUGGAGCAAAUGACCGACCGCAUGGAGCAGCUGCUGCUACAGCCGCCGGCGGAGCCAGUGGCUGCUACUGCCGGCAGCGCGGCGGCGCUUGAGCCGUCACCAUGCCUGCCGUUGCUACAGCCUGGGGAGGCAGCAGCAGCAGCGGCUGCGGAUGCUACGGAGCAGCACCAACAGCACCGGCACCUGCACCGGCCGCUGCUGCUGCCUCCGGGCCGGGACCCGCGGCUGCGCUUCAUGGCGCACAUGGCUGAGCCGCUGCCGCACUUCUACCGCCCGCUGGCCUUUUACGUCACCAUGGAGGCGCUGACGUGGAUCAACCACUGCAUGCUGGUGGGGGCCGGCUUCCGCCGCGCCAACCUGCCUCCCCUUCCGCGCGGCAGUAGCAGCGGCAGUAGCAACAGCAGCGGCAGCAGCAACAGCGCCGGAAGCAGCGGCAGCAGUGCCUGGGGCCGCAGCCGCUCCGACCACUACUACUACGUAGCCAACCUGCCCGCAGCGGCGGCUGCUUCUGCUACUGCCGCCCGCAGCCCCAGCCCCAGCCCCAGCCCCAGCUUCAGCCCCGGCACCGGCUGUAGCAUCCCCGGCGUCACGCCCAUCGUCUUCCUACACGGCGUGGGCAUGGGGCUGCAGCCCUACUUGCGUCUGCUCACCGCACUGGCUGCCACCGGCGCGCCCGUGCUGGCCUUCGAGCUGAAGCACGUGUCGCAGCGCUGGACCGCGGGUCCGCCGCCCUCGCUGACGGAGCUGGCGGACGACGUGGAGGAGGGCGUGGCGGCGGCGCUGGGAUUUGGGGGCGCAGGCGACGCGGCGGGGGUGGGAAUGGAGGGGGCGGAGAGGGCGGCGGCGGCGGCGGCGGCGGCUCCGCCGCCGCGGCCGCGCUGCGCGCUGCUGGCGCACUCGUUCGGCAGCGCGGUGGCGUCGGUGCUGCUGCAGCGCCAGCGGCGCCGGGAGCGGCAGGAGCAGCAGCAGAAGGAGGAACGGCAGCAGGAGCCGGUGGUAGCACUCCCAUCCGCACCUGCGCCGCCAGCUCCCUCAGCCGCCGGCCCCGUCAGCAGCGGCGGCCCUGGCCUCGGCGGCCCCGGCCUGGACAUUGCGCAUGCCAUGUUGCUUGACCCCAUCUGCUUUCGCAUGUACUCCCCCACGCUGCUCGCCAACUUCAUCUACCGCCGCCUGGGCGCCGCGGCGGCGGCGGCGGCGGCGCACGACGAGGCAGAGGCGCUGGCGGCGGCCGCGGAGGCGGAGGCGGGGGUGGCGGGUGUCCGUGUGGGCUCGUUUGGGAGGGCGGUAAGCGGGGACGACAUAGAGCGGUGCGCGGCGGCCGCUGCGGAGCCGGCAGGCCCGAUGGCGUCCGAUACCGCUGCUCCGCCUCUUGGCGGCUCUGCUGGCGCUGGCACCAACACCAGCAGCCACGGCAGCAGCAGUCGCGGCAGUAGCAGCAGCAGCCGCAGCCGCAGCCGCGGUGGUGACAGCCUGUGGCGCCUGCUGCUGUCCGGCCCGGGCGGCUGGCUGCGGCUGCCGUCACUGAUGCUCCGGGCCGCGGGCGGUGCGGUGCGGUCUGCCGCCUGCCUUACGCUGGACCUGCUGAUGCUGGGGCCGGCGCGGGAGAUGCACUGCACCGCGCUGCUGUGCCGGCGGCUGGUGUGGGGCGAGGUCAACCUGUGGGAGGGCGACGUGCCGGCGCACGUCACAGUGGUGCUGUCGGGCCGCGACGACCUGAUGUGCGCCCGCUCGCUGGCGGGCUGGCUGGCCGCCCACACGCCCGCCGCCGUGGUGCUGCACCCCGAGCUGCAGCACGCCGCCAUCUGCGCCGCCUGGACCAGACAGGACCAACUGCUGGACCGACUGCUGCGGACCGUGUACGGCGGCGGCGGCGGCAGUGGCGCUGGCGGUGAUGGUGGCGGCGGCGGCGGCGGCGGCAGGGAGGAUGGGGAGGAGGAGGGCGGUAGAGGCGGGAGCGACGGAGAGGCGGGGCGGGACGGGAGCGGUGGUGGCUUUGGCGCCGCGUCAGCUAUCGCUGUUGAUGCGGCUGCGCGGCGGCAGAGCCGGCUGUCCCGAGGCACACGCCGGCGGGACGGGUUCUUUGCCCGGCUUCCCUCAUCAGCAGCCGCAGCACAAGAUGCUGGGGCGUUGUCGGCGCCGCUGCUGAUGCUGGACCGAGCUGGAAGCGGCGGCGAUGGCAGCGGCAGUAGUACCGUGACCAGCGCCAGCUCGGCGGCCGGCUCGGGCGACGAGGCUCCGGUACCCGGCGGCAGGAGCUGCCGUGAUGACGGCGGUAAGGACGGUAUGGGUGGCAUGGAUGGUGGAGAGCAGCUGCUACUGCCGUUCAGCAGCGGCGGCAGCGGCUUCUGUGACGCCCUGGCUGUCCAGGGCCCGCGGCGCGAGCGCCUGCGCCGCCGCGGCCGCAGCGGCCUGGUGGCCGAGGACUCGGGCCAGCUGGGCCGCACGGGCAGCGGCGGUGUAGGCAGCGGCGGCGCGGGCAGCGGCGGCAGCGUGGGCAGCGGCACUGGUGGUGGUGGUGGCCGUGGCCUGGGAGGGCUGCUGCAGCCGCUGUCGCCGCAGCGCGCGACGCUGGCGAUGUCACGACACAACAGCGCCGGCGGCUCCUUCCUGCGCCUGCCGUCAUUCGGCCGCCAGCAGCAGUAGCAGCAGGGCUCAGGGCAUGCGGCCGGUGCUGCAGCGCGUGCCUGCCGGUGCUGUUGGUGACGUGUCAGGCGCGCAACACUCCGCAACAAUUCCAGUUGGAUGCGCGUGUGCAUGGUCAACGGAGCGGAAGGAAAGCAGCCGCGUGCAGGGUAGGGUUCAGUAAGAUGGAGAGAGAGCGAAGCGUGUGGAGAGCGGGCUUUCGGACACGCUGAAAGAAACGUGCCCAGUCGGCACCGAUAGAUUGCACGCAAGGAACGCGGGUAAGCGCGCCGGCUGCAGCUGGCUAUCAGCGGCGGCGACGUUUGCGUUGCGUGUCCGCAAGUCUGUGCGCAGGCCAGGUGGUGCCGAGGUGGUGCUUGUGGGGGGCCCAGUUUCCUGGUUGGUGCAAGGCAGCAAGGGUGCGGCGGAUGGAGCGGCGGCUGUCGGUAAGCAAUGGACUUCGGUCGGCAGCGCGGCGUGACAAAGGCGAAGGGUUGGGGGAUGGGUGGGUGUUAGUAGGUUACGGUGCUUGCGCUGUUGGGACGGGGGAUAGCACGGUAUGGCACAGUAGCUAUGAGGUCAUGCAGCGCGGGGGUUUGGGAGGAGGGAAGGGGGGUCAAAGGACACGGCGUACGCUUACACGCGCGCCAGAGCUACGCGGUUGACUUGAUGGGCUUGUGGCAACGAUGGGUAGCACGGAUCUGUCAUGGAUCGUAGACACAUCAGUUGCUUUCCUGCUCUCCUGCUUUCCUCUUAACGGUCGUCUCGAAACGGUCUCACACGCCGGUA